AGUUUGUUAUCGGUUGUAUCGGUACAACAUAGGUUAUCAGCCUCGCUCUGCAUGUAGAAUUUAUAGAAUUCAUAGCAUUGAUUUCCUUCUUUUGAAUUCGUAGACCCCCUAGACAAUUCAUUGAGUUUUUUUUUCUAGCUUCUUUGUUCCGCUUUGGUUUAUUCUUGUCAUAGAACGUUCCUAGACCGCUAACAAGCUCAAAGUAACUAGCUUGACCAACCACCGCGUGGCCAUAAGUAAGAAAUAAACCGGAACGAUUUAAAACCACGGCCAACACUAAAGUCAUUAGAAUAAUUCAGAAUUAGCUGACUAGUACUAGAAAAGUCAAAGAGAUUGCAAACGGUGCAAUCUCAAAGGUCUACCUCGCCUAGAAUUCAAACGGAAUAAGUUAACUAUCCACGGAAGUAACUAAACAAAGAACGAAGUCAAAAGUAAUUCACCAAGGUAAGGGCGUAAGUUACAAAACCAAAGUUCUCAAGGAGAACCUUAGCUAACUAGCUAGAAACUAAAUUUUUUAGCUCCCUUGACUAUUUUGAAAACGAGUAAGUGAGAAGAAAAUAGAUUAAAUCCAGCGGCGGCGAAGUAUAUAGUACUUACAGAUAAUUACGGAUUAUCUUCAAUAAGACUACGGAAAUGGUGGCCUUGCAAGUUACGCUAUACCGCUUUUACAAGCACGGAGGAGUGGCCUCCUUCUACAUCGCGAACGAGCGAGGAUGUAGAGUCUUGCUGCAGUUCACAGAGGACCCGGAAGAGGCGGACUUCGACAGCAUGAAGGUGGUGAAAGUGGGAUACAAAAGCAAAGACCUGAAGCUCCUCAACAAAGCAGUUUCUGACGAAGAAGUCGCAUCCUUACUGGCGUCGUAUAACAGGUGGCUGGCCGGUGAAGACGACGAGGAAGACGAAGCUGAAGAAGAUGCGCAGGAAGCUGACGAAGACGAAAAUACCACGGAGGAGCCCGAGAGCAAGAGCACCAAGAAAGCACCCACUUCCGCACUACCAGCAGGGAUCAAGGUGAUUCUAGAAAAUCCUCCGAAGAUAUCGCAGGCUACCGGUUCUCGCAUGGAGUACAUUACCGAGGUAUCCGAAUGGCAUCGGAUAUGCGGCCAGUAUUUUACUUCGGAUUCGGAAAUACUAUACAUUUUCCGCAAACAAGCUCUGGAUGAGCCGCAACUACGUGAAGCUUUGAGGCACGAGACCCAGUGGGAGCCUUUCCUAGCGAAGCUGAAGGAGUUAUAUCUCCCCGAUGACGCGCAGCAGAAGCUUACCGUGUGGAGUACGCUAGUGGACUCCAAGAGAGCAUCUGGGACCCCGGUAAAGCUCUACCUACAAGAAUGGGCGAACGCUCAUACUGCCGCGCAGCGUGCUGGCGUGCCGAUUGCGGAAACCUUGGCUGGCAUCCUCCUUUUCCAAGCCGCAGAGCUAUCGGAGGUGGAACGCACGGUGGUACUUGGCAACAUCAAGGGCGAUUUCAAAGUCGACAAAGUCAAGCAAGCCAUUCGGACGGCAACAGCGGAACUCGUCGAUGAGUCUACCCCUAUGAGCAGCACGGUCCUGACAACAACCACGAAGAAAUGCGUGCAUUGUGGGAAGCCGGGGCACGUCGUGGCCCAAUGUUGGAACAAGCAUCCGCACCUUAAGCCGGGAGGAGCAGCAGCCAAGAGCAGCGGCAAGGGCAAAGGCAAAGGUAAGAAAGGAGGAAAGAAGGCCUGA